AUGGGAGGGACUAACCCCCACAACUUAUCUUGGAGCAAGAACAGCUAUAUGCUUAAGCACUAUGCUGAAAAGAAGGCUAUUCUAAUUUUCUGCUGGGUUUACGUGCGCAAGUAUCAGAGUCGGCGGGAAAGUGAAGUGAUUUCUACCAUAACGGCUAUCUUUGCCUUGGCAGUUGCUCUUAUCUCAUCAGCACUACUACCAGUGGACAUCUUUUUGGUUUCGUACAUGAAAAAUCCAAAUGGUACAUUUAAGGACUGGGCUGAUGCUAAUGUUUCAAGGCAAAUUGAAGACACCGUACUUUAUGGAUAUUACACUUUGUACUCCAUCAUACUGUUCUGCGUGUUUCUGUGGAUUCCCUUUGUCUAUUUCUAUUAUGAGGAGAAGGAAGAAGAUGAUGGCAACACAUGCUCACAGGUUAAAACUGCACUCAAAUAUACUCUGGGAUUCGUCACAAUUUGUGCAGUUCUUCUCUUAAUUGGUGCUUUUGUUCCUUUGGAUAUUCCCAACAAGAGUAAUUCCACAGAAUGGGAGAAAGUGAAGCUCCUGUUUGAAGAAUUUGGAAGCAGCCAUGGCUUGACUGCUCUUUCAUUUUCCAUAAGUUCCUUGACUGUGAUUGGAAUGUUGGCAGCUAUCACUUACACAGCUUAUGGUAUGUCAGCUUUGCCUCUAAAUUUGAUUAAGGGAACUACCAGUGCAGCUUAUGAACGAUUAGAGAACACUGAAGAUAUUGAAGAAGUGGAACAACAUUUAUCAAGGAUUAAAUCAAAGUGCAGAGAUGGUCGGCCUCUGUCAUCCAGGGAUAGACGGUCUGUACAGCAGCUGGAAGAGAGACUAAGGACGCUUCGAAGAAGAGAGAGGCAUUUAGAGUCCAUUGAGAAAAGCUGGUGCACCAAGUUCUGUGAAGCCAUCCGACCUCUAAAGAUUGUGUGGGGAGUAUUCUUCAUCAUUGUGGCACUGCUCUUCACUGUCUCUCUGUUCUUGUCAAAUUUGGACAAAGCUCUUCAUUCGACUGGCUUCAACUCAGGAUUUAUAAUUUUAGGAACUAAUCUGACCAAUCCAUUGAAUAUGCUGUUACCUGUUCUUCAAACAGUUUUCCCCCUCGAUUAUAUUCUUAUUACAACUAUUGUUAUGUACUUUAUCUUCACUUCGAUGGCAGGGAUUCGAAAUAUGGGUAUAUGGUUCUUCUGGAUAAGGCUUUAUAAAAUCAGACGAGGAAAAACUCGACCUCAAGCACUCUUGUUUCUCUGUAUGAUACUUCUGUUGAUAGUUCUUCAUACAAGUUACAUGAUCUACAGUCUUGCCCCUCAGUAUGUCAUGUAUGGAAGCCAAAAAUACCUGGUACAGAGUAAUAAGACAAUUGAUGGACAGCCAAGGAAUGUGACAACAUUUGUAUCUAAAGAUUGUGACGCAGAUGCACCUGAAGAUCAGUGUAUUGUUACCCGAACAUACCUCUUUCUUCACAAAUUUUGGUUCUUCAGUGCUGCCUAUUACUUUGGGAACUGGGCAUUCAUUGCAGUCUUUUUAAUUGGAUUAAUUGUUUCAUGCUGCAAAGGCAAGAAGUCAGUCAUUGAGGGUGAAGUGGAUGAAGAUGAUUCAGAUAUGAGUGAUGACGAACUGUCUGUUUACUACCGUUGAUAGCCUUUUGCCUUCAAGCUGGAGAAAUGCAAUUUAAAGUCAUGUUGUGAGUCAUACUCAUGUGGAAUUGGUAUCCAAAUAAACAUCCUUGCACCUGUAAUAAUAGGGGAAAUAAGUGUACUCACUUAAAGGGGUAAAAAACUGAGUAACACUGGGUAUUAGUGCUAUAGCAGAACAAAUACUGAAGCUGGGUUUGAAUAAUAUAUAGAAAAUAACUAAAUGUAUAUGUAACUUUCUGAUGUAUAAUUUGAUGAGCUGUUGUAACUUUCAGAAUUAAUGGUACUUUUCUGUU